AUGACUCCUGAUGAACCAUCAUGGUUUUCAUCGGUCCAGUCCUUACAGAAGCACAGUCUGACCUUGACGACAGAGACAGUUCACGGAAACAUUCACUGCAAACCGGGAGCAGCCGAGCUGCUGCUGCAGGAGGUUUACUCUAUUUUAACUCACUGGAGGAUGCCGGUAUUGUACACAUUGGAUACGUCGAGGCCCAAGAGCCAGACUUCACUGACCACGGGCCGCUCCACCGCCUCCAAGGCCUUCAAGAACAACCUGAAGAUGAGGGAGCUCCUGGUGCAGCCCGACGUCACCACCAAGGAGAGGAAGGCCCGAGUCCUCCUCAGGCAGCUGGAGCACGAGGCCGCAGGCCAGGCCCCCCCGAGUCCUCCCCUCCGGUCAGUCAUCCGGGUUUGCUGUUGUUUUGAGACACACUAAUGUUGAACAAAUCUGUUGUGUAGUUUGCGCUGUUUUAAAGUUCUGCCGCUCUUCAACGUGGGGGGGAUUGUCUGUUUCCUGUAAGGAGAUAAAGGUGCACCGGCCUGCCAGACGCUCCCUGUUGACUAUUAAAGCUAAUGGAGAUCUGUGCGCUUUUUUUUGUAAUGUUUGUGUGUUUAUGUGUCACCUAAUGCAGUGAUACAUUUUUCACAGGUAUUCAAACAAUAGCCUAUUUAACUGGUAUGCAUUGCUUGUUUUGAAUGAUGUCACUAUUUGUUAUGUCUUAUGUAACGUUUA